AUGGCAGCCUACCUCAUUUCUCGCAUAGGAGAUCCCCUCUUCGCCCUAACAAUGGGCAUCGCAGCCUCCAUGUCCCGAAUCCGUCGCGAUCAACAAGAAAAGAACCCCGAGAAAGCAUCUGAGAUUGGCUAUGGCACUGUGUUACAAACUGGACAGAGAAGACUACAGCGCUGGUGGAAUGGCGAUUUCCAGCAUUUGUGA